UAUGCGCUUUAUUAGAACGCUUAUUGCUUAUGCGCUUUCCUUGUCUGUGUGCAAAUGCUAUUUUAUUUAUUUGAAAUGUUCGAGGUACUCUCGGAUCGGAGCAAAGAAGAGGGUCGUCCCACUGCCAUCCGGUCCUCGCCGAGGAAGAAGAAGGUGCCUAUCUUCGUUCAUGCUGUUCGUCCAUGGGACGAUCGCGGACGACCGGAAGUGCAAUGCGGACGACGGAAGAGCAACGCAGACGAGGGAAGAGCAACGCAGACGAGGGAAGAGCAACGCAGACGAGGGAAGAGCAACGCAGACGAAUCUGAAGGAUGCGCACCGCAGACGAACCCGAAGGACGAGCAUCGCCAGACGAACCUGAAGGACGAGCAACGCUGA